UUUUGCGUCACGACCGCAAUUUUUUUUUUAAUACAGUCGAAAUUUAUCGGUUGAAGAGUGCGUGAUCGAUUCCAGUGGCUAUGAACCUUUUCUUUUCUUUUCUUUUCUGUUUUUAUGUUUCCUGGUUUAGGAUAAUGGAUCGCUCGCUAAUUCGAGGCAAAUUGAAUGCGAUGGUGUUUUUUUAGAUUGUGAUUUGAACUUAAGAGCGUUCUUGGUCGAUUAGGUGUAUUCCUGUUAGGUUGAGCUUGUCUGAAGUCGCGGUGGUGGGAGUCGAGGGUUUAGGGUUUAUCCUCUGAGUUGCGUUCAUGUCGUCGCAAAUUUGAGCAGAUCCUUUGCCGUAGUGUAUCUCUUCGUUUUAUUUUUUUUCGUUUAUUUUUUAAAAUCAGCAAUUCGUUUAGUUUAUGAACAUUGCCGCUAAUGAAGCCUAGUAAACCGUUCCCGUCGCCCUUGUGGCUGAGCUCGGUUUAUUCUGUCGACAAGACACGAUAUAGUUUGCAUGGUUGUAUUGUCCGAGGUCUGCUCUCCAUCAGAGCUUGACUAAGCAGUUCGAUUGUGUAGUUGCUUUCUUUGAGGUUUUGUUUGUGCCAUGUGAAGGCCAGCUCUGUGGUGUUAGUAGAGCAUGAUUUAGGCAAAUUGAAAUACUCGUCCCUCAGCUCAAUUGCAGUGGCAAGAGGAUUGGGAGAAAGUAGUACUGUAAAGGACUUAGUGUUAAACAAGCUGUUUCUCAUGCAUUUAAGGUCCAUCCAUGCGUUACUAAGGAUAUUCUGAUCCAGAGACCCUUAGAAGAACGUCGCUAGAGGAAAUGGAAAAAUCUACGUGGUGAUAUCAAUGUUCCCUCAUUGUCCUAUUACUUUGCACCAAUUGGCCUUUGAAGAUUAAUCUCAUUCUUCUAGACCUAAUCAUCCUUGGCCCGCCUCCUCUCACUAACUUAAGGCGCCUGAUCUACCCAUAGUUGUGUAUGUAUGUAAGCCUCUCACUUUGAUUGAAGCCUCAAUAUGACGUCGGUGCAACGAGUUGGUAGAUCGGGCGCCGGGGGUGUAGGCAAAGGGGACGAGGAGGUGAAGAAGGAGCCGAAAGAGCCGUAUCAGCCGCUAAAGAUAUUAGGAGGAAUUCGUGAGAAAGGGUUCGAUGGUGAUGGCGGAUUUUUUGCCAAGCGUGCUACGAAGCCUGUCCAGCCGAGAGUUAAGCCGUUCCCUAUUGCGCGCCAUCGCUCGGAAGGCCCUCAUUGGUUACCUCGACGGGAGUCUGAAAUUGUGCCGAUGCCUGAAGACUCUGAAGAACUGAAUGCAGAGGGUAUGGCAGCUCUAGCCAAGCCACUUAUCCCAAAAAAGAAACCCACUCUAAAUAUUAGCCGAUGGAAGACGGAACGAAAUUCGACAAGUACUAGUGUUGAUGGCAACCAAGAGCAUCUGGAUUCUUUCUCAGCUCCUGAACCAUCAAAUGCAGUACAGGACCUGAAAGUUGCAUCAGAAGAUUCGAAACUUGAGAGAGCCCCAGAAGCUGUAUCUCGGCCGAGGGUUACCUUCACCUUGCCGCUAGAGAAGAAUGCAGUGCUCUCUGUUUAUGCUACCUCACUUGGUGCUGCAGGCGAAGCGCCUGCUGAUCGCAGUAAACCUUUAGAGUAUGCAGAAUUGUCAAGACUGAGAAGUAACUCGGGUGCGAGUGGUCGAGAUCAAAUUAACGACACUGGAAUCGAGACAAGGUCUAAAUCAGAAGAAGAACUGAUUGACGAGGAAAAUCGUGCCACCAUUGCAUCUAUGUCUGCAUCUGAGGUGGCAGUAGCCCAAGUCGAACUUAUGAACCGGCUGAAACCUGAUGUAAUAGAGAUGUUAAGAAAAAGAAGCCAGAAGAAAAAUUCAAAAGAAGGUAAAGGUGCAGAGAAAGAGGUCGAUGCACGUCCAGUGGCAAUGAAUGUAGUAGUAGAGAGUGACUCAUCUCCAGAAAGGAAAGAAGCAGGGAAGGGUUCCAAUACGCAUGAAAUUUCGGAAAGUGGGGAAGCACCCGUCGGUGCUUUAAAGAACCAAGAGGAAAAUCAUGCACCCGCUCCUCAACUGGAUAGUGUUCCUCUAACUGUUCCAGCUUUGGGUUGGUCCAAAUCCUGGAUCGAAAGAGUAGAAGCCGUGAGGCUAUACAGGUUUGACAUGCAAGGUCACCUGGUGGCAAUUGACGAGGCGUCGAUCCAGAACACCUCUGAUGCUCCGCUUGAUUUCCAACAGCCAAGUGUGCAAAAUGUUGCUGAGCGGGACUUUCUUCGAUCAGAAGGUGACCCUGUAGGAAUGGGCUAUACUUUAAAAGAAGCCUCCGAUCUUGUUCGUAGCACGGUUGCAGGUCAUAGAACAUUUGCUUUGCGGCUCAUAGCUUCUGUUCUCGAGAAUGCUAUGAUUGGACUUCAAGAGCAGAAAGCAUCCUUUUUGGAUCUAAAGCAGAGGACGCUGAAGGAUGUUGAUUGGCAGGCAGUAUGGGCUUACGCAUUAGGCCCCGAGGCCGGAUUAACCUUGACCUUAAGGCUUGCUUUGGACGACACCCACACAACUGUUGUUGUAUCAUGUGCAAGGGCUCUACAAGCUCUUCUGAGCUGCUCAGCUAACAAUGCAAUCUUCGAUCUUCAUGAGAAUUGUUGGCCAAGAAUGAAGUUGGUUUUCACUGGGUCCGUCUUUCGAAGCCAUUCAAAGCAGGAUGAAGGGUUUCUUGGAGGGGGACGGUGGAAGUACAAUAUCAAAACUAGUGAGUUAUACGCCUUUUCAAAAACAGGGGAUUCUCAAGAAGAAGGUGCCGAAGGGAAUGAGACUGUUGGAGACGAUGCAACAGUCGCGAGCAAAGACUGUGCUGCCGGGCUUAUUCGAAUGGGCUUGUUGCCCCGAAUUCGUUAUAUUCUUGAGGUUGAGAAGUUGAAGGCAGCAGAGGAGCAGUUGUUAGAUGUUAUUGUGGCAUUAGCACGUCAUUCUCCCGCUGCUUCGGAAGCUGUUAUGAAGUGUCCAAGACUUUUGGAUGCUAUUAUUCAACGGUUUAUAUCAAUGAACGAGGAUCGAAAUGAUGUUGGCCAUUCUGCUCGCACCAAGGCCAUCGAACUUCUCAAGGUACUAUCACAAGCAAGUCGACUCUACUGUUCUAAGUUUUUCAAUUCAGGAGCUAUUCAAAUGGCACAAUCUGAGUUAUAUACGCAAUCCUGGUCUGGGGGCAUGGUAUGCUUAACAAUGGUGGAGUCUCUCCGGCUCUGGCAAAUCUGCAUCCAGUACAAGAUGGGUAUGUCAAGCUUUAUGGAUAUUUAUCCUAACCUCUGCUUCUGGUUGUCUCCUUUGACCAAAGAAGAGAUCUUAAGUGAUAGGAGCAUAGAUGCUCUGAGCUUGGCCCAGGAGUCGUAUCGGUUACUAGAACGACUUGCUCAAACACUGCCUAGACUACACCUAGACGAUGAUGAGACAUUGGAGAGCUUUGAAACCGACGAUGAUGAAAACUGGGCAUGGAGUGUGGCAGUUCCUUUUGUAGAAACUGCUCUGGGCUGGCUCUCUGCCGAGUGCCUGUCUGCUGUAAUAGAGCUAAACAGCAAAUCGAGGCAGUGUGUUACCUCCUCUGCAGUUGAUACUUGCACGGUGAAGCUGAUUGGGACUCUCACUUCAGUACUUCAGUUUCUUGCAACAGUUAGUGAAAAGAUACUUGGAAGCAAUGACGGAGAGAACGGGCACAAUUCACAUACUCCCUUUAUACCCACCUUUGUUCCCCGUCUAGGGCUAUUAUUGGCAGCAGACAAAUUUCUUUACAAUCACGAUGGAUCUAUGACAUUGUUCGGAAGUCUUUGUUCCAUUAGACAUAUUAAGGAUGACGAAACCACGUUGGCUGCUACUUUUUGUUUACACGCUGUGGUUCGACUCUUCAGCAAUGUAGACAAAGUCAUCAAAACUGCACGAGCUGAGAGUGUUCCAGCCUCAGCAUUUGGGGAAAACACUCCAGCACAUAAAAUACUAGAUGCUGGGUUGGUUUUUUCUUCUAGAAGGGAAUUUCAGAACUUGUUAUCUCGUGCUGGAGAUGAAGUCAUAUCAAACACUUGCUUACUCCAGUCUUUCGAGAUAAAUGGUAGGGGAGGGCCUGCUCCAGGGUUAGCGCUCGGCUGGGGUGCGUUAAGUGGUGGAUCAUGGUCCAAACAAGUUUUGGUUGCUCAGGCCACAGCCAGGCUUGUGAUGUAUUUACUCGAUUUAGUACCUCCGUGUAGGAGCAAAACUUUUGUUGAUAGCCAUGAUUCUAGUAGUACCGAAGAAUGCUCCAUUGCGAAAAUGAAGACUUGUGUUUCGGAGAUGGUUUGGCGGUUAAGUUGUGGAUUUGGUGUUGCGGCACUCGCCAGUCCAGAGGACGGGGAACUGGUGAAACAAACCUGCUCCAAAUUGUUGGUUCACCCGAACAUUUUGACUUCACUGACAAAGGCCGCUGAGAGUAAUCUAUUAGAAUUAGACUCCGUUUUCGAAGACUUAAGUCUGCGCAUAGAGGCUUUAUCCAAGUUGGUUCCUGAUAAAAUGUCGAAGGUGCUCCUGGAGCACUACACAUGGACAUGGACAUCACGAAAGGAUCAAAAGGUACCAAAGACCCAGAAUGCUGACGGUUCUAAUCUCAGAGGGAUACUGAAAGGUAAAAAAUCAGGUUCAAAGUUACCGACUGUUCUUGAAAAUGCGUCUGCUGGCGCAAGAACGAGCUUAGCGAGAGAGUGGGCAAGACAGAGGCUACCAUUACCAUCACAUUGGAUUCUUAGCCCUAUGGCUUCUAAUAUGUCACGGGUGCUAUUCACAUCAGAAGAAGAAGGGGUUGGGGUUAGUACUGUGAGUAUAAUUGAGAAAGCAUUGAUGGAAGAGACUAUAAAAUCUGGUUUAUCUUGGCUUCUAUGCUUGGAGUUUCUUUAUUCUCAAAGCAAGAGUGAUCCUUUCCAUUUAAUACCUUUGGUUAGAAAAGUGCAUGCUUUAUCAUCUAUCUAUGUUCUUGGAGGAGACGUUUUUCUUCAGGAGGAAGUGCGGAGUGCCAUUGGGGUGUUGCAGGAGAUUUAUGGUCGCCAAUUGGAUAGACCUACUACCUCGGAAGAAUCAUUGAGUCUCAAGAAGGACAAGGAUGGAACGCAUGUGCUUAUCGACCAGACUUUGGAUUUUGAACAUGGAAUUAACCCUAACUACACCUCAUUUGGAGAAAGUUUAGCAGAGCAGUUUGUAUCUACUUCAUUUGGUGACCUUGUCUUUGGCCGUCAGGUAGGACUUCACCUCCAGCAAGGAGUGCCCGACUCCGUCCGGUUAGCACUUUGGCGCUGUGUAGCAGAUGGUCAAUCAUUGAGGCUUCUGCCUCCUUUGUCCAAAUGUUGUGGAAGGCCUGAGCGUUACUUAUACCCUUUAGAGAGGAACGACGAAAUUCUGGCAGCAUAUGUAACAGCGUGGACAUCAGGAACCUUUGACACAGCUGUUACGCAGGCAGGCCUCUCGUUCACGUUAUGUAUGCAUCAUAUUGCUGGGUAUCUCUUCGGAAAUUCAGAUGUGCAUGACAAAUUAGCUGUUAAAAAGGUGACCAGGACACUGGUGCGGAGCUCCAUGCUCAAGUCACAACAGCAGGCUGCGUUUUUGAAGCUUUUAGUUUAUCAAUCCUCUGACCAUAAUGAGCUGAUGGACCGAGUGGCUUUUCUUCGGGAGGCUUCUGAUGGUGAUCGCACCCUUUUAAGUCAUAUAGAGCGUUUGCAACGCCUAGCAACACCAGUGCAGUAAACCAUAACUGGCUGGAGUUAUGUUGCGUUUUUGGAGUACUUAAAUAUGCCUCCAGGAUAACACAUUGGAAUCCCUCGGUAACAGUUGCUAAUGUGGCUUGCACCAUUGUGAAAGUGACUGGUUUUCCUUGUACUGAGGACUUCACUGCAAGCUUAGCCAAGUUAGCCUAGACUUCUAAUCGAGAGAGCCUUUAUAAUCUCCGACAAGCACUGAGGGUCAUACUUCUCUGCAUGACUAAAAACUGCAUCUCAUUCAUCACCAAGUUGUAAAUACAGAAUGUCAUAGGUUGCCAGAAUACAGAACGAUGUGGGUCAAUGAUAAUAGAUUUAGUGUACGAAGUUCGAGACCCAAUGAAAAACUGAUAACAUUCAGCGCGUCUCUGUGAUAUAGUCUUGUGAAGGUUGUAUUUGUCGCAAAUAUUCUGAAACUUUAAAACUUGCCGAAGAUACCAGUGAUACUAUUUAUUUAUUUAUUAUUUUAUGGAAUUGUGCCAAACCGAAUGCAGUUUUUUA